UUUACUUUUUUGGUCCCCAAUCUAUUUUCGCGGUGCCGUUUUGGUCCCCAAUAUACCAAUUGCUAACAUUGCAUCCCCAAAGUAUCGAUUUUGUGUUUAAAUGGUCCCUGGGUCUCACACCGUUUCUUCCCUCCGUCAAAACCAAGGGCAAUUUUGGUAUUUCACCUCUUCUAUCAUCACACGUGAAUAUCACGUGGGUUGAAGCAGCCCUUUUCCGGUCUCGAUAUACAUACAUACGUAUACGCAUAUUGUGAACGAGAUCCCAAAAGUCAAGUACAGAGUGAAAGAUCGCCCUUGAUAGAGACGAUGGCCUUUGACGACUGGAAUGCAUCGCUGAAAGGUAUGAAUCUGAACUGGAUCAUCUCAAUUUCAGGGCUUAAAGUUGAAUUUUUUUUUUUUUUGAUCUGAGGGCUUACAGUUGAUUGGCUUUAGUAAAUGAAGACAUGCAUGAGCUUUUUAGUCCAUAUAGAUGUAUACGUAUAUACAUAUGCAGGUGGAUUGAGUGGAGGUAUUUUAGGGUUAUUUAUUGUAUGAAAGCAUCUUUAUAAUGGGUAGAGUAUUAAAGUAGGGUUUUUUUGGGUAGUUGUUGCUAUUCCUGUUGUUUUUCUAUGCAUAAAAGCAAAGUUUGUGGUCCCAUAUUUGUUUGACGGUAUAUGGUCAUGGAUUCAUGUAAAGUAUGAUAAUUUUUUUUUUUGGCUGCUUUUUACUCAGGAGCCCUUGUUUACCCUACUGACUUUUCCAUUGAAGUGCAUCAUGGUGGUGCAUUUACUCUUAAGCCCAGGUCAGUGUACAGUGGUGGUAAAAUAGACACAGUAAAUGGAUUGAACUCAGAUUAUUUGUCAAUGUUUGAGUUGGAUGGCCUGGUCCAACAACUUGGGUAUGCUCCUAAUGUCUUAUUUUACUGUAAGAAGCCCAAUUGCAGUUUGGAUAAUGGGCUUGUACCUAUUAGGUGUGAUAAAGAUGCAUAUGGGAUGUUGAAUUUUUUGCACAAGAAUAGGACUAUUGUGCUUUACUUGAAACAUGUAGGAGGAUUGGACCCAAUUGAGAGUCAAGUGGGCAGUUCAAAGAAUAGUGUAACCCAGGCCCAGGUAAUUGAGAGUCAGGUGGGCAGUUCAAAGAAUAGUGUAGCCCAAGUUGAUUUGGAAUCCCAUGUUCAAGUGUGUGAUGUGGAUGUAGAACCCUACAAUAUUGAUUUAGGGCCUAUUAAUUUAGAAUCUGAGUUUGUGUUUCAAGAGGGUAAUAUGGAACAGGGUAAUGGAUUGGAUGAUGUGAACAUAGAGGAUGUGAACCAAGUACACAUGGGAGAUGCCAACUCUGAGUCUUCCAAUGACAGUGUGUAUUAUAGUGACCAUUCUUACCAAGAGAGUGAUGAUGAUAGAUUAUAUGACAUAUUUGUAGAUGAGAAUGAAGAGUUUGUUGGAUUCCCUGACAUUGAUGAGAGAAACCCACAUGUUGAACCUAUUGAUGAUCAAGGGCAGUUGAGUGAUGGUGAUCCAAAGUAUGAUUCAGACUAUAGUUUUUAUAGUUCAUCUGAUGAAGAAGCUGAUAGGAGAACCAAGCCACCCUUUAAGACUUUCAAGCCUGAAAUUGAUAUGGAAGAUCCUAGAUUUAUGAAAGGCCAGUAUUUUAAUUCAGCUAAGGAGUUUAAGGAAGCUAUUAAGCAACAUGCCAUUAAGCAUCAAAGGAAUGUAAAACUUGUGAAAAAUGACAAGAGAAGAGUGAGGGCAAAGUGUGAAUCUCCUUGUGAAUGGCUGGUAUAUGCUGCUAAAGUCCUAGCAAAUUCAAAAUAUCAGGUGAUGACCUAUAAGAGUAAACACACAUGUACCAUAACUUACUCCAAUAGGAAUGUAACUUCCCACAUGAUAGCAAAGAGAUACAUGGAGGAUCUCAGGACCAAUCCAAGGAUUCCAUUGCAAUCAUUCAAAGACAGGGUAAGGAAAGAAAUGAAGGUGGAUGUUUCUAAGACUCAGAUCUACAAAGCAAAGAGAAAGGCAGCUGAAUUGAUUUAUGGUUCUGAUCUUGAACAGUAUGGUAGGCUUUGGGAUUACUGUGCAUAGUUGAGGAGGUCAAAUCCAGGUUCAACAGUGGUCCUGGAUGCACCAAUUGACUCAGAAAGUGGGCAGCCCAGAUUCAAUAGGCUUUACAUAUUUUUAGCUGCUCCCAAGACUGGAUUUCUAAGUGGUUGUAGGAAGAUUAUUGGAGUGGAUGGCUACCAUCUCAAAGGUCAAUAUAGUGGCCAGUUGCUAACAGCAGUAGGUGUGGAUCCAAACAAUGCUUCUUACCCUAUGGCUUAUUGUGUGGUGGAGACAGAGAGCAAAGACACAUGGAAGUGGUUUUUUACCCUUUUGAAGAUGGAUUGCAACAUUACAGAUGCAAAUCAGCAUGAGUGGACAUUCAUCAAUGAUAGACAAAAGGGGCUAAUUGGUGUGCUUAAUGAGGAGGUCCCUAGAGCUGAGCAUAGACACUGUGCUAAGCAUUUACUGAGUAAUUUGCAAAAGAGGUUCAAAGGAGUGUCUGUGGAUGACAAGUUCUGGGCAUGUUCUAAGGCAAGCCAUGUAGCUAUGUUCCAAGAUGCCAUGGGAAAGAUGAAGGAAGAGAGUAAAGAGGUUCAUGAUUGGUUGUUUGAAGAACCCCCAAGCUCAAUAUUCCAACAAACUAUGAUCAAGCAACACAGGCCUCUCAAACAUCAACUGUGGCAGCAGUAAGGAAAGACAAGAGGAUGGCUACAAUUGCUACAUUGUAUGGAAACAGGCCAUAGAAGGUUUGGAGAUUCAGUUUUUUGUAAAUGGUGCACAAAAUAGUUUGCCAAUUUCUGCACAUUUAGGUCCACUUUUGGGUAUUGUUAUGUUCAAGUAGAUAACUUAUGUUGAACUGGUAUAUUUUGGUUGGUUGAACUGGUAUCUUUUUGUAUGGACAUGCUGCUAUAGAUUUGAUGCAGCAUUGUUGGGUACUUGUGCCAAUGAACUGGUAUAAUAUUUGGUGCUAUGUACAAGUAAACACCAAAUGCUGUUAAUGGUGGGUAUAAUAGUUUGGUGCUAUGUUUUUGUAAACACCAAAUGAUGUUAAUGGUGGCAAUGGAGAAUAGAUGGACAUGUUUUUGGCAGUCUUCCAUGUUGGUUCUCUGUUUUUGUUGUUUGCAUUGCUACCUGUUAUUGCACAAUUCUAUUACAUGUUUCAUAUACAUGGGCAGUUCAAUU